UCGCGCAGGUCAUUUUCCUUAGGAUAGGUAGUUGAGUCGGGGCAAUGAGAAGUUGGGGUACAAGCGGGAAAGUGUCUUUUAGUCGCUUGAAGUCAGGAAUUUACCGUGUCUAAGAAGUUGGAUACAAUUUCAAACAAGGUGUAUGGCCGGACUGGGGGCAAAUCGUUAGCCGAGAGGAUUCAUCAGCAUAUUUUCCUGCUAGCGUAUCGCCGGGACACUGCCGAGGAGCGACAGUCAGUCAGUCGUUCGUUAUAUCGACAAUGUCACCGUGUGGGGAAACUUGCUUUUGUCAUUGAUGUAUAUCAUUAGAAUUUCUCGAUAUAAGACACCGUGAUACUGUCUUCAACACCUAAAAUGGAUCUUACAACGAUUUUAGGUGGCAGGCUGUUUGGAGUACUUUUAUUCCUGGUGACGUGCAAUACGACGACCUCAGCAACAGGUCUACGAAUAUCUCGACCUCCAAAGAAUGAGACAGUGUUGAAAGGUGUUCGACUGGAAAUGCACUGUAAAGCCCGAGGCCAACCACCUAUCAAAGUCAAAUGGUACCACAACGAAAUGGAAAUGAUCCCGGAAACGUCCAACUACAACAUAGCCCGUCAGUCUGGGACGUUACGUUUCUUCAAGGUCAUGGUGGUCGACAGAGGAACGUAUCACUGCAAGGCCUCACAACCCACCCUAGGGACCUUUGUGGUGUCAGAAACCGUCCAUCUCACUGUUCAUGCUCCGGUUGAGAUUACCAACAAUUUCCAUGGGAAGAGAGUGGAGCCAGCGGGUAAACUCAUCACGAUUCAGUGCGAGGCAGCCGGGAUACCUCUUCCUAGAGUUCAGUGGAGGAUAAAUGGAACUUCAAUAACAAAACCUAAUGAGAAACUUGGGAUCAGCUUCAGAACGAAGAAGAACACUUAUGCAACAGUGAUCUCCCAUCUCAAAGUGAGGGUGACCAAUGACGCCAUUAUUGAGUGUGAGGCUAACAACGAGCCAGUGGGAAUAGGUCUGCGAGUCAAGACUAGUCAAACCAAAGUCAAAGUUAUAAAAGUGCCAGAGCAAGGAAGAGCUAAGGGUGUCUGUGGUGUAUACAAUGGCACAAUAUGUGCCAAGACUUUGGCUGGGCGCCGGGUGUUCUACAACAGCUCCCUGAGCGAUCCACGGAAUGACCCUGAGGCCAUUGUCCGGGCUCUUUGGAAAGAAAUGUUGGACACUGGAUUGUUUGACCAGUACUGCCAGGAACCAGCGGAGAAACUCAUGUGUCACUAUGCCUUCAUGGAUUGUGAGGAGAAGAAUGGACAGGUCAUAUACAAGCCAAUCUGCAGGGAAAGUUGUCUGGCUGUGAAGGACCUGUUCUGCUACCAGCAAUGGACAACCAUCGAUGAGAACAAGAAGAAAGACAUCUUCUUCAAAGAGCGAGCAUACUUCCGCCUCCCGGACUGUAACCUGCUGCCAAGCAAGUUUGAGGGCAGCUGCACCAAGGCUGAUCUGUUUGUGAGAGAACCUCAAGACGUCACAAGUGACUGCUAUGUUGGUUCUGGUCAGUGGUACAAUGGAACGGUCAACACAACAGUAUCCGGCGCCACUUGUCAGCACUGGUCCACGAACUCGCCCCAGAAGCACCAGCGUCCUCCUGAAGUUUUUGUGUCAUUGGAGAACUCAGAGAACUACUGUCGGAACCCAGGUUCUGAAGAGGAUCGACCAUGGUGCUACACAACGAACAAGUACAGGAGAUGGGAGUUCUGUGACAUACCAAAGUGUAACAGGCAUGAUAACCAAACCUUACCUCAAGUAGAGGAGGAACCCAAGUUCACCUUCCUGGCCAUCUUCAUCAUCACCAUCGUCUCCUCUGUGGGCAUCCUGGUCCUGGCACUCAUUGUGGGCCUCUGCUUCAACAUGUUGAUCCAGAAUCAUCACAUCAAGUACAACGCCACACCCCAGGAGGAUGUUGACAUCGACAUUGAGAAACUCCCACCCAACAUGUCCUACCACUUGAUGAAGGAGAAGAACCGACUGAACCCCAAACUAGAAAGUCUCGAAUACCCACGCAAUGACAUUAUAUAUAUCCGUGAUAUAGGACAGGGAGCCUUUGGUCGUGUGUUCAAGGCUAAGGUGCCCAAUUUGUUAGAAAAAGAAGACUGCACGUUGGUUGGUGUCAAAAUGCUUAAGGAAGAUGCAUCGGAGGACCUUCAGGCUGAUUUUGAACGCGAAGCAUCCUUGAUGGCGGAGUUUAGCCAUCCCAACAUUGUGAAACUUUUGGGUGUGUGCGCGAUCGGCAAGCCGAUGUGUUUGUUGUUUGAGUACAUGAGCAAAGGCGAUCUGAAUGAGUUUUUAAGACUGUGCAGUCCCGAGCACUUCAUAACUCAGUCUCGCACUCUGACAGACUGCCAGGAAAUGGCCAAUCUGGAUACAGCGGACCAGAUGUACAUCUCCACCCAGAUAGCGGCUGGGAUGGUGUAUUUAGCUCAGAAAGGGUACGUUCAUCGGGAUCUUGCCACUAGAAAUUGUCUCGUGAGUGAUAAUUUGAUUGUGAAAAUUUCAGAUUUCGGGUUGGCGAGGAGUGUUCAUAGUGUUGACUAUUACAAGGGCAGCGACAAUGACGCUAUUCCUAUCCGAUGGAUGCCCUUGGAGGCUAUUCUUUAUAACAAAUUCACUGUGGAGUCGGAUGUGUGGUCAUUCGGUGUUGUACUCUGGGAGAUUUUUUCAUUUGCGUUACAGCCAUAUUAUGGCAUGACCCAUGAAGAAGUGGUGAAAUACGUUAAGGAUGGGAAAAUCCUUGCUCAGCCCGAAAGUACUCCUGUGGCUAUUUAUGAGUUAAUGAAAAAUUGUUGGAAUAAAAAGCCAUCAAGUCGCCCCUCAUUCCAAUCGCUUCACAAAUCUGUAUGUUCCUUUUAUGAAGAGUGCUCAAAAAAGAAAAACUUGAACGUGUCAGUAUGAGAUUUGCGAUGGAGCGUUUCCAUCACAGACUUUAUCUCAAUCACGAUGGAUGUGAUUUGGACUCGAGGGACACACCAUCAUGAUUCCCUCCUGAGAAGUAAGACUCACUCUGACCUCUGACCAAUCUCAUGAAGACAUAUCAUUUUUCCAGAGCUUCAUUGAAUCAUAUAUAUAAUUUUCAUAUUUCCCAGACGACGUUACCAUGUGAUUUAUAAGGAGUGUUUGUUCUAAGGAUCCUGUGACAAGUGGGACAAGAAAUAAACACAAAAUUCAAAUAUUCAUAUAUGGCACCUAAACCAACGACAACUUUGACAGCUUGCAAUAAAUAGACAUAUUGCAGCUUAAUGGCAUUUUUAGUAUCAGUAGAAUGGCUGAACGUUAAAAUUACAACAAAAUCUCACUAUUAUGAAGGCUGUAUAUCUUUACAUAUAUUUAUCUCUAGGUUCCAUUUAUGGCAUUCCUAGUUUGACUAAAAAUGGCUGUCUGAUUUCAUACUUUGCCAAAGCAUAAUAAUGGUCCCAAGAAAUGGACUUGGGUACCAAAAGGCUUUGUUAAUAAUUGCUUUUGUUUCAGUUUAUGAUACAGAAGGUAGCUGAUUUUGUUUAGAGUGAUGAAAUAUGAAAAAAGUUAAAUGCAAAGCUAAUUUAGACUGCCAUUUGAUGUUAUUAAAGUUUGGAAGUAACUGAAAGGAGUGCUAAAGCAUCAACAACAGCUGAGCAGAAUGAAGACUCACGAGCACGUGAUUGGUGGAUUUGAAUCCCAUGUGACCAUUCAGGAAGAACUGGUGAAAUUUGAUUGGCUGCAUCAUCUCCUCUUACCAAGGAAAGGAAGCCUGCAGCAAAUCUUAUGAUGGUUGCGGAGUAUUUUAACUGACUAAUGAGAUAUGUGCAGGCUUGUGAUUUGAACUGACCAAUGAGGAAGCUAUAUUUGCCAGGGUGAUAUGCGAGACAGUGACUCUCUACUAAUGCAUUGUGAUUUUGUACAGAUUGUUAUUAAUGUUGUGCCUAUCCGUGUGGAACCUCCUUGGAGUCCAUUUUGUGUUAGUUCAAGGUCACCAACUAAUAAUACCAAAUAUGGCAGUUUCUGUCAGUUGAUGGAAAUGGGAAGAGUAAGAAAUCAGCUGUACUUUUUUGACACAGAAAAAUGUUUGAUAAUAAUUGGUAUUUGUUGGCCACAUUUUAACUGUAUAGAUAGGGUUGCACCACAGUAGGAUAUAUGGCUCCAAUCUUCCUUGGUUUUCAUGUAUAAACUGGUGGUUCUCAACAUCUCAUGUUUACACUUUCAAUUCCAUGCUAAAUAGAACCAAAAUCCAAAUGCUGUCUACAAAAAUAUUCUUUAUUUGGGUUGGAUCGCAGAUUUAAUCAGGGCAUAUCCUGCUGUUGAAAUAAAACAAUAAGUCAAAACUCAACUCUCCGUUAAAUGAUAUUUAUGUAUUUACUUGAUAAGCCAUAAUUCGAACAAUGGAGAAAAAUAGUCAGAUCUGUGAUCCAAAUAAUAAGAAAAAUUUCAAAAGUAAUAUGAAAGAGGCUGUAUUUCUCAUGGUAAGAUUACUGGGAUGAGUGUUUCGUCCCACGUUUACUUAGCGUUAAUUAGGCCCCUGUCAACGUUGAGACUGCCAGUUUUGUGGUAAUGGAUAUCUGCUUUGACUAGGUCAGAACAAACGAUAGCCGACACCCUCGACACCUUCACAGUUGUGUCACAGUUGCAGAGAGAAGUAUAGAUGUAGGUUGGUCAUCAGUCUCUUCAAUACAUUAACAGCUCUUAACAAUUAUGGAAACCAUUAAGGUCAAGGUCAAAGAUAGCCAAUGAAGACUUAACGUUGCCUGUUUAGGUGCUUGUGUAAAUAGGAAAAAAUGGUGCUCAACCCUGUCUGAUUGAGAUCUAUGAAUCCUUCUGAGAUGUGCUGAACAUACAACUCAGAGUUACAAUUUAAUGCAAAAAGAAUUGAUUCAUAAGCAGAAAAUGGCACUUGAAUAGAUGCCAUUUCUGUCACCAUGGUAACAAAUCUUCCUAAUUUCCAGCAGUAAUGAUUGCUCCUUAGAUUUUUGUGUCCACUUUGUUUCCACGACGAUAUGUGCAUUUGCAACAGCUGUACAAUAGCCGCAGUUAGUAUUGCCCUUGUUAUUUAUUAUUUGUGUAUGAACUUAGUGCUGACUUUGAUGACAAAUUUGUGUUCAGUUCAUGCGUCCUAAAAUACAUUUGAAGAGAUGGACCUCUAGAUGCCAGCCUUAUUGUGAGAGCUGUAGACUUGUGUUAGUUUUAUUGUCACAUAUGUUGUGUUCACUUAAACAUACCUGUAACGUUUGGUAUUACUCAAUUAAACCAAUAUACACUUAA